AUGAGCUCAGCCCUAAACACCCCGUUCCCAACAAGCAACAUCCGCACAGCCCACCCUCCCGCCACCACCACCACUACCGCUACCACUACCGCCUCAUCUGCCUCCCACCAACCCUUCACCUCGUCCAUGAGAGACCGCCAAGCCCGCGGCAAAGACCCAUACGAAGACUCCGCCUCCGAAAUGGACCUCGACAUGGCCGAGAUGGACCUCGAUUUCGAACCAGACCUCGACCUCUUCGACCCUUCGUCAGACGACUUUGUCGGCGGCCUUGUCCGAACCCCGCGCCACCUCCACCCGAACCAGAGCUCCGACGACAGCUACCUCCGCCGUAAAGUCGGCAGGGGUGUCGCCGCCGCCGCCGCCGCCGCCACCGCCUCCUCUUCCUCCCCCGCAGCAGCAGCAGCGAACCUGAGACGGGGCCGCCCGCCCGGCGAGAGCUGGGAGAGCUGGCGCCGUCGCGAAUGGGCCCGGGACGUGCUGGAGACGCCCGAGCUGCUGAUGUGGUACGCAUCCAGUCGGGAUGAUAGCAUCCCAGGCACCCGUCUCUACUUCACCCGCCUCCUGUGCGGCUACGAAGACGACCAUUCCGCCACCCAGCAUCACCACGACCCCCCGACCACCCCGCGCAAGAACUCCUCCGGCUCUGGAAGGCCCAGUGCCCACAGGCGGCGUUGAACCGAAGCACGCUCCUCCCCACCUCUUUUGGUUUUCCCGCCUUCCUUUUCUUUCUUUCUUCCUGUCUUUUCUCUGGUCUUUAUUUUCCCCCCCGUGGCAGCGGCAGCGCGGGAAGAGGUGUCCGCCCCCUCCCUCCUCUUGCCGUGUCACCGAAUGCUGUCGCUGUUUGCGUCGUGAUUUCUAUAACCCCCUUACCGACAUGGGGGAACGUGGAAACGUGGAAAAGAAAGGUAGCAGGCAUUCGUUAUUCACUUGUCUGGGAUACAAUGAAAACACUCGAGAAAAACGACGACCAUCACGGUUCAUGACCCACGUCGUACCCCGUAAACAUCAGAAGCCGCUGUGUUAUUGACUUUUUAUUGCUUAUAGGCUAGCUCCGAACCAGAGCAGCCAGUUAUAUCCAAGCCAAGGCGUCAGCCUCUUUAUGACGACCUC